GCGUGUUGCAGCCGCGCCCGCCCUGCCCCGUGUAUCCCGGGCGGUGAGUCCCUUGCACCUGCUGCGGGUGAGGGUCUGCGGGCCGCUGCGGUUGGACCCCCGGCUCCGCCCGGCAUGAACCGCUACAUUCUGCCGCUGUCCGUGCUGGGCACGGCGGUGGGUGGCGCCGUGCUGCUCAAGGACUUUGUUGCUGGUGGGGCUUGUCCUAGCAAGGCCACCAUUCCCGGGAAGACUGUCAUUGUGACAGGUGCCAACACGGGCAUCGGGAAGCAGACGGCCCUGGAGCUGGCCAAGAGAGGAGGCAACAUCAUUCUGGCCUGCCGAGACCUGGAGAAGUGUGAGGCGGCGGCCAAGGACAUUCGCGGGGAGACCCUGAAUCACCGCGUCAGCGCCCGGCACCUGGACUUGGCCUCCCUGACGUCCGUCCGAGAGUUUGCAGCCAAGAUCAACGAAGAGGAGGAGCACCUGCACGUCCUGAUCAACAACGCCGCCGUGAUGCGGUGCCCACACUGGACCACGGAGGAUGGCUUUGAGAUGCAGCUUGGCGUUAACUACCUGGGUCACUUUCUUUUGACCAACUUGCUGCUGGACAAGCUGAAAGCCUCUGCCCCCUCGCGGAUCAUCAACCUCUCGUCCUUGGCCCACGUUGCUGGGCACAUCGACUUUGACGACUUGAACUGGGAAAAGAGGAAGUACGACACGAAGGCAGCCUACUGCCAGAGUAAGCUGGCGCUGGUCCUCUUCUCCAUGGAGCUGAGCCGGCGGCUGCAAGGCACGGGUGUCACGGUCAAUGCCCUGCACCCCGGCGUGGCCAGGACCGAGCUGGGCAGACACACGGGCAUGCACAGCUCUGCCUUCUCCAGCUUCACGCUCGGGCCCAUCUUCUGGCUGCUGGUCAAGAGCCCCCAGCUGGCGGCCCAGCCCAGCACGUACCUGGCCGUGGCCGAGGAGCUGGAGAGCGUCUCCGGCAAGUACUUUGACGGACUCAGAGAGAAGGCUCCGGCCCCCAAAGCUGAGGAUGAGGAGGUAGCCCAGAGGCUUUGGGCUGAAAGUGCCCGCCUGGUGGGCUUGGAACUGUCCUCUGGAGCCUCCGGGAGGGGACAGCCCCUCCCCAAGUAACCCCUGAAAGCCACCAGGGAGGCAGCGUCACGGUCACGGGCGGAGCAGCCCCCAAACAAGGUUGACCGCCAUGCUUGCCGCACCCGCUAGGUGGCAGUAUUGGCCAAGGAAUGCUGGCUGCCAGGCCCGCAGCACCCGCUAGGUGGCAGUAUCGCUCCCUUCUGGCCACAGGUGGGCACCUGACCCGGGGCUGCCUGGUGAGCUGUGCCAUCAGAUGCUUCCCUCGGGAAUCUAAACCAGGAACCUCGGAGGGUGGUGUCACCUCUGUCUGGCGUGGGCCGCGUUGGGGACUAUGGCCAGUGGGCAAGUUGUCCGCCAGAUGCUUGAGCUCAUGGUUCCUGGUGGGGCCUUGACACCUCCGUCUCCGCUCCGAGCCUUGGCGUCUCCAGCCGCGAGCUGUGCGCAGUAAGGAACCCGACUCAUCGGACGGCGGUGCCCGAGUUCUUGCCUGGCUCGGGCGAGGGCAGCCGCACUCCUUCCCAGUGGGCGCUCACCCGGGACCUGCCGUGAGCCAGACGCUGGCGAGCGAUGCCCCGCCGGGAACGGGCUGACUCUGAUCCGGCCUUGUUAUCCGAGUGACGCUGGGGACGGCGUGGCGGGGGAACCUCUGGGGAGCCAGGAUGGCUGGGGUCACGACCUCUCCAGUUCCUGUGGUGACUUCAACCAUAGACUCUCCAACUUGCUCCUUAAUAAUAAAAAUGAAAACAUUGGCUGA